AUGGGUCACUGCACGAGUAAAGAUCAGAAGGAAGGCAAGCGCCUGAACCGUCGGAUCGAUGAGCAAAUCAAGAAGGAUCAAUCGAUGAGCCUGAGGAUCAUCAAGCUGCUACUAUUAGGUAGGUACACAUGAAGUUGUGGGUGGAGCAGAACAAGAAGAAGAAGGAGAAGGAGAAGAGCAGCAGCAGCAGCUCUUCUUCCUCUUCGAUCGCGAAAUUCGAGCCGCGUGGACACUUUAGCCAGGGGCGGUGCGAAAACAGAUCCGCGGAGCACAACGGAGCAAAGGUGUGUCAAGGGGAACAGGUGAUUCCGAUGACAGGGUGGAAUUCACUGCCUAAUUAGAUUUUAGCUAUCACCUGACUUUCUAAAUCACGGAAUGAUAGGGAUAGUCUGUCGAGCAAAGCAUGAAGUUCAGAACUUAACACUUCUGAUUGAGGCUAUUUGUUUGAGAGUCCAACUAAUUUGACUAAUAAACGAAUAGAAUAGAAAGUUGAUGCACGGGUUUCACAGAAAAGCUGAUUCAUUUUCUAAUAUGUUUUCAUUUUUGCUAAUCCCUUCAGAUCCUUUUUGAAAAGAUCAGCGCUCGUGUAGCAAGUGUUCUUUGGAAAUUUGAAUGUUAAAAAACGGCAACAAUUUGAUAAGCACUCUAAUUAUAAUUAUCAAAUAGGUACCGUACCCCUUCUCCGUCACUUUUCUUCUUCGGCUCCGGUUCCCCCACCGCCACCAGCCACAUGUAUCAUUUUACAAAAUCUGCGGCGCGCGAGCUACUAAUUGGACGCUGGUGCUGAUGUGAGCUAAUAAAACUUUCGGCGGCGUGACGUCAAAAUGCGGAAUAAUUGUGAAAGAGAAAGCUAGAGUGUAUUGGGAUGGCGUUAAAGUGACGAGAUGUAUGCUGUUUUUUGAAAUGGCAAAUGAUUACAGGAGCCGGAGAAAGUGGAAAAAGUACAAUUCUGAAACAGAUGAGGAUACUGCACAAGGACGGAUUCUCACAACAAGAUCUGGAGAUGAUCCGGCCGGUCGUGUACUCCAACUGCAUCCACAGUAUGCUUUCAAUCCUAAGAGCCAUGUUCCAUUUGCAAAUCGAAUACGGCGAAAACGAUCGAGUGGUGAGUACGGAAUAUUGGUGACUGAUUUCUGCGAGCGAAACGAUUUCAGCGAGAUUCUCAACUGGUCUUCGCCACCGUUCAUGCGAACAAAGAGGAGCUGACGGAAGAACUCGCGGCGGCGAUGCAGAGGUUAUGGCAUGAUCCGGGCGUGCGCGAGUGCUAUCGACGGAGCAAUGAAUACCAGAUCGACGACUCCGCCAAAUAGUAUGUUAACCGUUUCUUUCACUCUCCAACCAGAAUCUAUUUCAGUUUCCUUGACAAUCUUCCACGGCUGUCUUCUCCCAAUUAUGUUCCGAGCGAACAAGAUCUCCUGCGAACGAGAAUCAAAACGACAGGAAUCACAGAAGUUCUGUUCGAACUGAAAGGUCUCACGUUCCGAGUGAUCGACGUCGGAGGACAGAGAUCCGAACGGAAAAAGUGGAUUCACUGUUUCGACAACGUCAAUGCCAUCAUUUUCAUUUCGUCGCUCUCUGAAUACGACCAAACAUUGCGGGAGGACAAUUGCACGGUGAGCUGCCCAAUUUUUCUUUGUUUCGUUCAUAUGCUGCUUCAGAAUCGAAUGCAAGAGUCUCUGAAACUGUUUGAUUCGAUCUGCAACAGUCCGUGGUUCGCAGACAUUCAUUUCAUUCUUUUCCUCAAUAAAAAGGUACCGUAAUCGAGAACCAUCUCUUUUAAACCGAUGUCUUCCGUGCAGGAUUUGUUCGCCGAGAAGAUUGUGCGAUCGCCUCUGACGGUCUGUUUCCCAGAAUACAAAGGACAGCAGAACCAGACGGAGUGCAUCAACUACAUUCAAUGGAAGUUCGAGCAGCUCAACCGGUCAGUGCUCAGCGGGCUCUCCUCGUUCGCAACUCUCACUUUCAGAUCUUCUCAACGUGAAAUCUACUGUCAUCACACAUGUGCCACUGAUACGAAUAACGUCCAAUUUGUGCUCGACGCCUGUCUCGAUAUGAUAAUUGCCAAGAAUCUCAAGUCAAUGGGCCUGUGCUAG